AUGAGCCUCCUUGCUUGGUGCUUGCUCUCGGCGGCUUGGGCGUCUUCGGCGGCGGCGGCUUCGCCUGUCCUCGCGGUGUUCGGCCACAAGGUCCCGGACACGGACUCUGUGACAGCGGCCCUGGUUUAUGCCUGGGAGCUGAAUGCCCGCAACAUCUCUGCAACGGCCUAUCGCCUCGGUGAGCUGAAUCCAGAGACAGACUUUGUGCUCAAGCACCUUGGUGUAACGGUGCCCCCACUUUUGGCCGACGUCUCGGGGAAGGGGCCACUUAGCAUGCACAAGCGAGAAGAGGACACCGUGGCUGUGGUGGACACAAACAGCCCGCAAGAGCUCCCAGAGGUAGCUGGGUGUCGUGACCAUUCGGUGCUGUGCGGCUACGGCCAGAAGCUAUGCGUACCCUUGGACCAGGGCAUCCUGAACGCCAGCAUCCACUCCAUCGUAGACCACCACAAGCUUUGUGGGCUCAUCAACGCAGAACCUUUGGAGGCAAAGGCUCUUAGUUUUCUUCAAAGGGGGCAAGACGGCACCAGGAAACCUGCUCAGGUGGACAUGCGGCCCCUGUGCUCUGCCACAAGUAUCCUUUACGCGCGAGCCAAGUAUAUUGGCUUGUCCCCGCCGAAGGAGGUGGCGGGCUUGAUGCUUGCAGGAAUUCUGUCGGACUCCUUGGAGUUUCGAUCGCCGACGACCACCGAGCUCGACAAGACCCACGCCGCUGAGCUGGGCAAGCUCGCCGGCCUCGAUGUUCACGACUUCGCCGAGGGGAUGCUGGAGGCGAAGGCCAACGUGGACCACUUGAGCCCGUCAGAGCUGAUAAUGAUGGACACGAAGAUUUUCACGAUCGGAGGAAAGAAGCUUCGGGUGUCGGUCAUGGAGACGACCAAGGCCUCUGGACCACUGGCAAAGAAGGGAUCGGCAGUUUUCUUGCUUCUGCUCCUGUGCAGCGUCGUCAAGACAAGGCUGGUAGCUGCCAUGAAAAAGUUGACUGUGGACGAGAAGCUGGACGAUGUGCUGUUCUUCGCAGCCUGGCAGGUGAUCGACAUACUCAAGGAAGCCGCCACGUUCAUCUCCUCCUCUCCUACAGCUACCAAGCUGGUGGAGAAAGCCUGGGGCGUGAAAGUGGAUGCGGAGGGCCAGGUGGUCCUUCCGAACGUCCUGUCACGCAAGAAGCAGAUCAUUCCGAAACUGGAGGCAGCUGCCAAGGAGGCCUGA